AUGUUGGCAUGUAGAGAAGGUCACACUCAAAUAGUUAAACUGUUGCUGAAGGAAAAUUUUGAUCCUAAUGUUAAAGAGGAAAAUGGCCAGAAUGCUUUUAUGCUGGCAUGUAAAAAUGGGCAAAUUCAAAUAGUUGAACUGUUACUAGAGGAACAAGUACAUCUUGAUCCUAAUGUACAAGACAAGGAAGGAUAUACAGCUCUGAUGAUCGCUAGUGCUAAUGGUCAUAAAAAGAUAGUUAAAUUAUUAUUAGACUGGUUAGCUGAUCCAGAAAUUCAAGCAAAUGAUGGUAGUACUGCCCUGACAUUAGCUAAAACUAGAGACAUAGCUGAUAUACUAAAUUCUUCAAACAACCAUGCAUGUAUCAGUGAUAGUUUGUUUUCUGGUGGUCGUUCAUCACAUGGUGGUUGA